GUGGUGACGUAGUGGCGGCGGCAUCUCGUAUUUUAACUCGGGGUCAAGGCGUAGGUUUGGAAACCACGCGGGAUCGUGGGGCGUCCUGGCCGCCAGCGGCGCGUGGUUUCCUCUGGGCAUACGCCGCUUUCUGUGUUGUCUCCGUUCCACCCCUUCGGGGAGAGGGAAGCGGAGGAAAGGUUUUUUUUUGGGAACAGAGUUGGAGCCUCUGAAGGGAAAGGGAGCACCCAGCGGGCUGUGGCGCGUCUGAGGACUGGGCUGCAGUCCGGAAUUGGGGAGCAGCUGAGAGGGGAGGGUCCCCGCAGGCAGGGUCCCAACCCGCUGGGAUCAGGGCUGGUCCGGAGGAGGGCCUGGGGCAGCCGCGCGAUGUUCGCGGCCCGGGGCCUGCUCCGAGCCCUGCGCUCCUGUUCCUCCGCUCCCUCCCCGAGACACAAGCCGUCAACCAAACUGAGCGUGCGGGACGCUCUCGGGUCCCAGAACACGAAUGGGGAGCGCGUUAAGGUUCAGGGAUGGAUUCGUUCAGUCCGAUCCCAGAAGGAAGUCUUGUUCCUGCAUGUAAAUGAUGGAUCAUCUUUGGAAAACCUUCAGGUUGUAGCAGAUUCAAGCUUUGACAGUAGAGAACUGGCUUUUGGGAGUUCUGUGGAAGUUCAAGGGCAGCUGAUAAAAAGUCCAUCCAAAAGACAAAAUGUGGAACUGAAGGCAGAAAAAAUUGAAGUUGUUGGAAAUUGUGAUGCCAAGACUUUCCCUUUUAAAUAUAAAGAGAGGCAUCCUCUGGAGUAUCUGAGACAAUAUCCUCACCUGAGGUGUAGGACUAAUGUUCUGGGUUCUAUACUGAGGGUUCGCAGUGAAGCCACAGCUGCUAUUCAUUCUUUCUUUAAGGACCAUGGUUUUGUGCAUAUUCACACUCCCAUAAUCACAUCCAAUGACUGUGAGGGGGCUGGGGAACUUUUCCAAGUUGAGCCUUCAAGCAAAAGGAAGUUACCUGAGGAGAAUUUCUUCGAUGUUCCUGCUUUCUUAACUGUCUCAGGACAACUUCACCUAGAAGUGAUGUCAGGAGCUUUUACUCGAGUGUUUACCUUUGGUCCAACAUUUCGAGCAGAGAAUUCUCAGAGCCGGAGACACCUGGCAGAGUUUUACAUGGUAGAAGCAGAGAUUUCCUUUAUUGAAAGCCUUCAAGAUCUCAUGCAGGUUAUAGAGGAGCUCUUCAAGUCUGCAACAAUGAUGGUUCUCUCAAAUUGUCCUGAAGAUGUUGAACUUUGUCACAAAUUUAUAGCUCCUGGCCAAAAGGACAGAUUAGAACAUAUGCUAAAAAACAACUUUUUAAUCAUUUCUUACACUGAAGCAAUGGAGAUCCUCAAGCAGGCAUCCCAGAACUUCACCUUCACCCCAGAGUGGGGUGAUGACCUUCAUACUGAACAUGAGAAGUACCUGGUGAAGCACUGCGGCAACAUACCAGUCUUUGUUAUUAAUUAUCCAUUAGCACUCAAGCCUUUCUACAUGAGGGAUAAUGAAGAUGGCCCUCAGCACACAGUUGCUGCUGUUGAUCUUCUGGUUCCUGGAGUUGGAGAGCUCUUUGGAGGAAGCCUCCGAGAGGAACGGUACCAUUUCUUAGAGCAGCAACUGGCCAGAUCAGGACUGACAGAAGCCUACCAAUGGUACCUGGACCUCCGUCGAUUUGGAUCUGUGCCACAUGGAGGUUUUGGGAUGGGAUUUGAACGCUAUCUGCAGUGCAUCUUGGGAAUUGACAAUAUCAAAGAUGUUAUCCCUUUUCCAAGAUUUACUCAUUCAUGUCUGUUAUAGCUGGAAGACUGGUUAAUGAAAAUCACCCCAAGACAGAGGUACCACACAUGAAUAUGCAUACAGGAGGAUGCAUGUUUGAAUUUUUAAAAUGCAGACAUUUUCAAAAUGUAAUUGUCCUUCCAUAACACAUAACGUAUGAAAAAUAGACGUGAUCAUGUUUUUCUUAGAAAGUUGAGGGCAUUUCAUAGAAAGAUGGAUUCUCAAGAAGAAGUACUUACAGCAGAUAGAAUCUCAAAUUUGUUAUGUCAAUUAAGAAGAAAUGAAGAAAUUGAACUAGAUGGUCUCAAAGCUCCUUUCAAACUCUAAGACAGGAUAGGAUAGUAGUGUAUUUUACUUGUCUUUAAUGAUUAGAUCUUGUGUGACCUUUGAGAAACAACUAGUAGCUAAAACUACAAUGUUGUUGGAUCUUUUCUCCCUUGCCACUUAACCUAUGAUAAAUGUUCAUCUUAUUCUCAGUGUUUUACUGAAAAUUACA